AUGACAAACUAUAUUCCAUGCAGGACUGACAUGGCAAGUGAAUUAAUCACGAUGUGUCAACAUGAUGGCAAGUUUGCAGCCAUUCGGAUGAAUCGAGAGCAUGAUUUCAGCACUGUCAUCCAUAAAAUAUGUGCCCGGUGGUCUGAUCUUGACCCGGAUUCUGUCAUAUUGAAGUAUUCUCUCAACGAUACAGAACAUAUAAUAUUGGACAACGAUGACGAUUUGACAACUAUGUUCCAAAAUGCUGAGCAUGCUGGUAUCGAGGAUAUUAUGGUCACGGUCAGAGAUGGUGCAAAGUUUUUCAUGGAUGAGGCUGUUCAAGUUACCCCAACUGCAAUAUCCGAUACCGGUAAGGGCAAGCAGACCAUGAUUUUUGACGAUGACGACGUCAUUCCUUCGUUUUGUUCCCACAAAAAGGUUAAAUUGCUAUCUUCCGAUUGGUCGGAUGGUAUUACAGGGGUUGGUCAAAGGUUUGAGGGUGGCGCUCCAGAUUUCAAGAAUGUGUUGCGAAAAUAUGCUGUCGAGCGGGGGUUCGAAUAUACUUUGGCAAAAAAUGACAAAGUUCGUGUGACCGCCCAAUGCAAAUAUCGAACCGUCAAAAAAUGCAUGUGGCAUGUCCAUGCCAGAAUAAUGCCAGGGAAUGAGUAUUUUCAUAUCUUAGCCAUGGACCUAGCUCAUACAUGUGGUUUUGCUGUACGGACGCUUACUAACCCGCAUGCCACCGCGGAGUUGGUUGCUGACUUAGUUGGCGAUGAUGUUCUGGGCAAACAUCAAACAAAGCCUGUUGAUGUUGUCAAAGGAAUUAAAAGAGAUUAUGGUCUAAAUAUCUCGUACCACCAGGCAUGGUGGGGCAUUGAGAAGGCCAGGGGUCUCGUGUUUGGUGACUAUGUGAAAUCUUUCUCGUGUUUGAAAUGGUAUGUUGGCGUAGCCAAAAGCACGAACCCGGGCAGCCACAUAGAUUUGGAAAGUGACGAGGAAACUAAGCGGUUCAAGAGAUUGUUUGUUGCUUUCGGUGCAUGUGUGCAAGGAUUCAAUCAGUGUCGCCCCCUAAUUUUCCUUGACGCGGCCCAUCUCAAAGGGAGGUACAGGGGAACAAUAAUGGCAGCCACCGGGAAGAACGGCAACCAAGGUAUUUUUCCAAUCUGUUUUGCAAUUGUUGAUAAUGAAACUUACGAAAAUUGGCGUUGGUUUUUGGAGCAUUUACGUUCAAUGCUUGUGCCUGGGAGGGGUAUCACCUUCAUAUCGGACCGUCAUACGGGGUUGCUUAUGGCUAGGCGGGACAUAUUUUUAGAGUCUGGUCUUGGGUAUUGUCUUCUCCACUUGAAGAGGAAUUUGAGAGAUCAUUUGAAAGGAACAACCAGAGCUUAUAGAGAGAGGGUGGUGAGUGAAUUUGUCCGGUGUGCGUAUGCUCCUACACGGGAGAUUUUCCACCAAAACAUGACUAAGCUUUUGAGUCAUGAUGAUGAAUCAUUCAAUGCGUGGAUCGAGGCUGAGAGGCACCUUUCGAUCACAAUUCUUGUUGAUGAGUUAAGGAAGAAGAUCAUGAACCUAAUGUCAGAGAGGAGAGAAGAAGCAAGCAAAUGGGGGUGCCAAAUCUGCCCAGAAAUGGAUAAGAGGAUGAGGGCAUCGUUCAAUGAAUCAAGGACAUGGGUAGUCAGCGCAGCCGGUGAUGGUGUCUAUGAGGUGCACUCGUUUCCAAACGUAACAGUUGACAUUAUUAGGCGUAUUUGCUCAUGCCAGAAAUGGCAACUUACUGGGUUUUCAUGUGCCCACGCUGUUAUCGUGCUUUCUUCGAGUGGGAAGGAUAUAACCGAGUAUGUUGACCCCUACUACUUUUCACAAACAUUUCAUGUCUCUUACUCCAGCUCGAUCCACUCGAUACCAACUGUGUGGAUGCCCGAGCGUCUGGUUGAUGAGGAUUUUCUCCUUCCUCCACUUUGCAAGAAGCCACCCGGGCGACCCAAAAAUAAGCGAAUUCCCUCUGGGGGGGAGAACGUAACUUUUAUUAGAUGUGGGAGGUGUGGUAAAAUGGGGAAACACAAUCGCCAAACGUGCAAAGAUGCUAUGUAG